UUGCAAUAUCGUUGCACAUUGUGCCGCCCUCGUGAUGGGGGUUUUUAUAUAUCUAGGACAUAUAUAUUCUUUCAAUGUUUUCCUAAGAUUAUGUCAAAGUCUGUCUGUCAUCUUACAAAAAUAUAAAUUUUGAAAAUUGUAAAUAAAUCUAAAUUUUUUCGUGUUCCUGUGUUUCCCUCGUCAUACAAAAUGGUUAUUAAGAAAAAAAAAGAACACGGUGGCGAGCCGGGCGACGUCAUCGACUUGGGCGGACCGCGCAGGCGACGUGCGCGCGCUCCAUACACGCCCAACACCAGACUAUAUCCAGGCGUACGAGCUUCAAAGAAAAAACCUAAAGGAAGCAAUACAAAACUACACCGCAAGAAGAAGAUGAGGCCGGCGAGCCAGCUGGUACCGAAUCCGCGGUUGUACCAGGCGCGGCCCCGACGGGUGUGCCCUCCGCCGCCGCCCGCCUGGCCCGCGGUGUCGUGGGCACCGCGGGCGCCCGCUGCCUGCCUCGAAACCGCCUCGGGCGUCGCACUGCGCCUCGCGGAACGGCGCGCCGAGCAGAGCGCACAGUCGCCACCGCCGCCGCCGGUGUGCUGCGCCGCCGCCGCCAAGCGCCAGCUGGCCCGGCCCGCCCGACCUAGACGCGCCCGCAGGAGGCCGCAGCGCCCGAUCCGCGACCCCGCCCACAAACUAAACGUGAAAUGA